CCAAAUAUAUAUCCAUAACGGAAAAUAUCUGUGCGAUAGGUACAAUUUAUUGAUUAUGGUUGAUACCUCUAAUGUAUUUACUAUAUAAAAUAGGAACAUAUUAUUCAAUAGCAGAAAACGUUUUACAAUACAAAAACCACCGUUUGAAGCAUUUGAAAGGUUGAAAUUCGUAAGCACUUGUUACGAUGUAUAAAUUAACCGCGGCAGAAGACAUAAAUGUUCUUAUUAAUUAAAAAAUUCGGGAUAAUAACUUGUGAUAACGAUCAUGAUCGUAUCCACGGUCUUAGAAGAUAAUCUUCUAAGACCGUGAUCGUAUCUAAUAAAUUGUUAAGAUGCCAGUCCUGUUUAUCUUAGUUCGUGAUUAAAACAUAUAUCUGUAUUUGGCGCCUUUUUUGCAUUUUUGGUUCCCUCCAUAAUAUAUUACAUAAUAUGUGAUUCAAAUUUUCCAUACAAAUGCAAGUAUAAUAUACACUGUUUAUUUUAUCGAAUGAAGGAUUACGUUCUCUUAUGUUACAUUCGAAAUUUUCAACUGCCUACAUACAAUAUAAUUGAGUGAAAUAGUGAAUCGAAAACGUCGUGAUUUUGUGAAUGAGCUGGUACCUAAAUAUCGUCAUUACAUUUCGCGUGGUUGUAUUUUCAUACAGUUUUCAAAAUGUUCAAUGAAUCGGAGUUGAUAACACAUUUCGAAAGUAUAUACAAUUUUGCCGAAGUAUUAGCUUUGAAGAAUGUGCGUGAAAUUCAAAUACCAGUAUGCAGUUCUCUUACUCAACUCACCUCAACAGAUUGCCUUAAAUUGAUGAAAUAUGAAUUGGAUAAAUGGUCUAAUCUUAAAGAAUCACCUAUGGAAAAAAUGCUUGUAUUUUAUUUAGUAACAGAUUACAUAUGCUGUGGACUAUCUUCUCCAGAAUUUCAUAUUGUAUUUCAUAAAUAUCUUAACACAGAACCUUCAAAGAUAAAACUUUUAAAGGAUUUAGUAAACAUUUGGGCUAAUUUAUUCAAAAAUUUUAAAAUUCCAAAUAUUGAUUUUGUAAAAAAUUUAAUGGCUGGCUUGGAGCGUAUUUUUUUUAAAUUUUCAAUUUUAGUUCCUGAUGAUCAUAUCAAAUUUAAAUCCAAUAAACUUAUGGAUAAAAUAAAUUAUUACAUGAAAGAGCACGAGAAAAAUAUUUUAGAUAAUCAUACUUUAGGUAAUAAUAGUAUGCAACAACUGCCUACCUAUGACAAGAAUAUAGUUUUGGGCAUUGAAAACAUAAUUCCAAAAAUACCAAUUAAAUCAGAAGUGAAUUAUUCUAUUCAAAAUCUUCUUCAACAAAAUAAGCGUAAAAAAGAAGUUAUGGAAAAUAGUUUAGAGCAUAAUAUGACUUUAAAUAAUCUACCAGAAAAAAAUAAUAUGAAUCUUCAAAAGCGUAAUUCUGAAACUUUAAUUGUGCACCAUUUCCCAAAGAAACCAAAAUUAAUGUCAAGUGAUGUGCUAAAUAGGAGUACCACAACAGAACCUGACAACAUUACAACAAUACCUCAUGAACAAAAGAAACUCAAUGCUUUUCAAAUAAUGAUGCUCAAUGCUAAAAAACAAAAAACAACAUCGAAAUAAAUUUAAAUAUUUUACUCUAGUUUUUAUACAAUUAUGAUUUUUGUACAUUGAAAAGUUUCUUGUUUAUAUCUUAUUGUUACUAAGGUAGUAACUUUUAUUAAUUUUACUUUACAAUUAGAUCAUUCAAUUAUUAUUAAUAUGCAUUAUAUAUUUGACUAGAUAUAAAAUAAAUACAUAAUGCAUAGUUUUUUUUUUCUAUUUCAAUAUGCUUUGUAUGUAUAAUUUUUUUUUUUUUUUUUGAUAAUUAACUGUAUUAUUAUUAUUAAAAACUGUUAUUGGUUUAAAAAAUGUCUAUUUUCAUGUAAUAUUGUAAACUAUUAAAAUAAAAGAUGAUAAAAUUCAA